CGGCCGAGAUAGUUCACCGUCUCACUUGUGCCAAAAGCGAUGCUGCUGAUCGUAGCCGCGGCGGUGUGCGUGCUCUCGGGGGCGGCGGCCGCCCCCGAAAAUGUGACCGUCGUCGUCUCGUCGUCGACGUCCACGUCCACCGACUCGAGGCCCGCGACAAUCUCCACGGCCAACUUUCCAAAGAACCACCGGCCCAUCGAGGAAGUAGAGGUGCUGCAGCCCGCGGGCGGCGGUCUCGCAAUCGUCAUGCCGGCCAGCACGCCACGCACCGUUCUCUUCAAAAAGUCCAGCAGUGGAACCGAUCCGUGCAGCGCGGACAACCACGUGGUGCUGCAGGACGAGACGCUUCGCAGCUUUAACCAGCCGGUUGAUGAAGACGCCGGCGCCCUGUGCGACCAGGAACUCGACCCUGGCUGGUACCAGUUCCGCAGUUUGGCGGGCAACACCAUCCCCACCAGCUGCCCCGCGAUGAACCACUGCGGCACACACUAUCCCAUCUGGCUCAGAGGGGAGAUUCCUAAAUUGGACGAGGGCAUCGUGAACAGCCAGGGCUGCGUGCACGUGGACGACGAGUGCUGCGGCCACUCAAUGCCGAUCCUGCUGAAAAACUGCACCGACUUCAUCGUCUACUUCCUGCAGCCGACGCCGGCGUGCGACAUGGCCUACUGCGCCGGACACAUGGUGCCCUGUCCCCUCGGACUCGAGUCUGACACCGGAUUCACACCCUGUCAAUUUCUGGUGCAGCUGAUUGACGUCAAGAUAUCUGUCGACCUGAACAAGGCGAACGGCAUCGAAAUUCGGUGUCAGGCGGAAAUAGAUCAGGUGAAGGCGCUGGAGACGGUGGUGGUCGAGGUGGACUGGCUGGACAGCGGCAUCGUCAUCCACCAGCAGAAGUACAUGCCCGCCGAGCAGAAGUACGCGGUCAUCCCGAGGAAAUCGUGGAAACUCGGACAAACGUUGCAGUGCCGCGCCAGGGUGCGUCACAUCUCGAUAAACACGUUCACGCCUCAGGUGCUGAGCGAGGAAUUCUUUGCGGGCAUUCAAAUCCUCUCGCCGAACCCGAUGCAGCUGAUAGAAGGCGGAAAUCCAGUCGAAUUGGAGUUCACGUCAACCCUUCCGGUCGGCUGCAUCAGAGACAACUGCUGCAUCCAACUUCAGGUCAGCGUCAUCUACCCUGAGAAGACCUACUUCUGCCCCACAGGAGAACCUUUGGACAGGCUGGGCGUGAUCGACUGCUUGUGGAACGUCUGCAAGGACGAUUGGAACGAGACGCACGGCAUACCUUUCAGGGUGAGGUACGACAACCUGUACCACGGCAACCAGCAGCUGGAGAUCGAACUGAAGACGCACACCCUGGAGCACAAGGACUGGACCGACUACACCAUGCCGAGACAACAGGUUCACGUGUUGGGCGUGGACGUGAGCGAGAAGUGUGUGUCGUCGUCGAUGAUCCACACUUUCGACGGCUUGGUGUACGAGCACCAGCUGCAGGGCACCUUCCUGCUCUACAAAAACAAUCUGCACGAAGUUCACGUCGACUACAAGCCAUGCCACUACCGAAAAAUGUGCAACUGCGCCGUCAGGGUCCAGUCCAAAUACUCGGCCUUCGUCGCCGACUACUGCAAGAAAGGCUACCUCCAGAUCUGGAGCGAGUCGACAAACACGGACGAAACCCUCCAGGACAUCACUAUCAUUCAGCAGAACGAGGGAAGAUCCUACAAGCUGGUGUUCCCGAGUGGAACAACAGUGGUGAUCGGGCCGUAUCUGUCUUUCGUCAACGUGCACGUCUUCGCCACAGACAUGGGUCGCACGUCUGGUCUGUGUGGCUCGUUUGACAGAGAUGGCUCGAAUGACCUCGACUUGCCCAACGGCCAGGGCAGUGCCUGCAAGUACCAGCCACGGGCCAGCUGCGAAGCCUUCUCCCAGCACUGGAGGGUGAAAGAAUUCCAAGUUGUGGACGUGACGGAAACUGGUCAAAUCGACAGGUCUGGGAAAGAAGAAGAUGAAGGGCUGUACUGCGCGUGUCGCAGUCCGUACAGCAGUAAAAUCUUGCCCGCAGCAUCUAACAUCACACUCGUUUUUCUCGAACACGAGUCAACAAAUGUGAUAAAGAAGAGAAGUGACGACGACGUAAUUGCGUGCGAGUCCUCGCAAUGCUUCCACAAAAACGGAAUUGAAAUGUCUGAAGAGUACUUAAAAUUCACUGCGUCCGAAUUUUUCACCGUGAAGGAUGUGUUGGAGAAACAAACCGAUGUGCUGCUAAAACCGUACGAGAAAAUCCAAUCUGACGACCACGGCGGCGGUGAAUGGAAUUUGCACGACGCGAAACUUUUCUGCCAGAAUUACGUAGCCAAUAGUCUUGCUGCCCAACAAUGCGACUACGUAGCCGACGUUAAAGUGUCGGAUAGAAUUGUCGAAUGCGCCAACGACAUCCACACGACGAAUGACUCAUCUUGGGCAGCAGUGGCAUUGAACAACCUCAAGUACGACUGCAAAACCGAAAUCUACCGCAACCUGUCUCUCUGGGAAGAGACACAUGACGGUAAAAUCGUGCCGCCGUCCGACCUGCUCAGCUCGCUGUGCAUCAACAACUGCAGCGGCACCGGCGAGUGCAAAAAUGGCGUGUGCAUGUGCAAGGGUGGAUACGUCGGCAGCGACUGCUCGAUAAACCAAAAUCUGCCUCCAGUUAUCACCGGCCUGACCAUGAACCCUUGCGACGUGCAAGAAACCUCGUGCAAGUACGUGAUCGUGUCCGGACCGAAAUUCGCCGAAAACAAUGAUCUCCGAUGCGGCAUUGAAGUCUUCGUCGUGAAAGACAGGGAUCACACGGCGAUUUCGCAGGGCAUGACCUUCUCGACGGCUGAGUUUUUGAGUUUCCAAGCAGUGAUUUGCACGGUGCCCACUUUGCCGGUACACUCCGUUGGAAAACAUUUCAAUAAGGACAGUACAAGGGCUCUCGUCAAGGUGAGCGUUUGCUAUGGAAAGCAGUGCUCGGACCCUCUGGAGCUGUGGGUGAUCGACUCGCGGUGUUGGCACUGCGACCUGGAGUCGCCGUGCGAACCGAAACUGCACGGCCCGUGCUUCUUCUACAACCCGUAUUACACGGAACCAGCUUCCAAAGAGGCAAAGGCUCAAUAGUUAGAGAAUAAUUCA